AUGAUAAGUGUAAAUCAUAGUUUACAAGAAAUAUCUGGCAUUGAUGACCAACAACCUGGACCAAGUCACCAAGGCCACGCUAGUGUAUGCCUUUUAUGUGGGUGUUCCAUUUUGCGAAGGCAAAGUGACAGAAUAUUGAGAGAUAACCCUACGGACCUGCAACAGUUGAUGUUUACCAUUAUUGAAAACAGGGUUGCUCCAAGACAGGUUACAGAAACUGAUAAGGUAUGUCACCCUUGUUGGUUGCGCACUCAAAGAGAGGCCCGUCGUACCCAUGAUGUUAACAGACCGCAAUCUGCAACUGAGGAGUCGUCAACAGCAGAUAUGCCUGUAGUAGCAGAGGUGGAGCCAUCUGUUUCAAAUGAAGAAAAUGAAGAUGUUGCGAAGCGGCCGCUGCCCGGACCGGAAUCACUAAUUAGACACCCGUUGAUCGCAACGAGGGUACUAUAA